CUCAAACUCAAACUCACACUUGGUCACUCGCAUCCUCUCCUUCACUUUCAACGAAGCUCAGAAACCACCGGUUGGGAUCGACGAGGGUAAAUAUAUUUCCAAUUCCACAGUGGACUAACUUGUGGUUUUUUUUACCCUAAGGCAUCAGAUAUUUGAACAGUCAAUAACAGCUAGGAAUCGUUUCCUGGAGCCAAAACAUGAUCCCCUGUAUAUCAUGCUAGCAUCUUGUUUGUCUCCACUUCUUUGCAAAUAGGGAAUAUUUCAUAUGACCUGGUACUCUCAUUAGGAUCCUUGUUAGUGGAGAAGUGCAUUGAUUGAGUUUGAGUGAUAUGGAAGUUCAAAGGCCUUCAAAUAAUGCCAUGAAGGCCCGUCAUUUAACUCCACUAAGAGCAGUUCGGGGUGUGGUUUGCUUACUUGUGCUCAUUCUGACUGCAUUCAUGAUGUUAGUGUAUUUUGGUGUCCCGGGCGCUGUUAUGGUUAGAUUUUUCAGCAUACCUUACAGUAGAAGAGUAACGUCUGUCUUCUUUGGUGCUUGGAUAGCUUUAUGGCCUGUUCUUUUUGAAAAGAUAAACGGGACUAAAGUUAUUUUUUCUGGAGAAACCGUUCCCAGAGGGGAACGCAUUUUGCUCAUUUCAAAUCAUAGAACUGAGGUGGAUUGGAUGUACCUGUGGGAUCUGGCAUUGCGCAAAGGACACCAGGGGUUCAUAAAGUAUAUCCUUAAAAGUAGUUUAAUGAAACUUCCUGUGUUUGGUUGGUCGUUCCACAUAUUGGAGUUCAUUUCUGUGGAGAGAAAGUGGGAGGUCGAUGAACCAAAUAUGCGCCAGAUGCUUUCAACUUUAAAUGAUCCUGAAGACUCUCUCUGGCUUGCUCUUUUCCCAGAAGGAACAGAUUUCACGGAGCAGAAGUGCAUCCGUAAUCAGAAAUAUGCUGCUGAACAUGGCUUACCCGUAUUAAAGCAUGUCUUGCUUCCAAAAACAAAGGGAUUAUGUGCCUGUUUAGAAGAGUUGAGGGGAUCUUUGGAUGCAGUGUAUGAUGUGACUAUUGGAUACAAGCCUAGUAGUCCGACUUUCUUUGACAAUGCCUCUGGGGUGAACCCUUCUGAAGUUCAUAUGCACGUCCGACGUAUCCCACUUGAAGAUAUGCCCACAUCUGAAGAUGAGGUUACAACUUGGAUAAUGAAUACAUUUCAUUUCAAGGACCAAUUGCUCUCUGAUUUUUAUGCUCAAGGUCAUUUUCCGCAUGAAGGAACAGAAGGUGAACUCUCUACCCUGAAGUGCCUUGUCAAUUUUAUAGCAGUAAUUAUUGCGACUGCAACAUGUACGUACUUAACCCUUUUCUCGUCCAUCUGGUUUAAGAUAUAUGUCUCCUCCGUUUGUGCAUAUCUCACAUCGGCUACUUACUUCAAUAUUCGACCAUUGCCUGUUGUUAGCCUUUUAAAAGGUUUGUUUAAUUGUAAACCGUCUUAGGAGCAUAAGCAGGUUCCACAAGCAAUUUUUGUACCUGUUGUAAUUCUUAAGUGGGUAGCAAUACCAUAAGUAGCAUCCUUUCAGAGUAGAGCAUCCAAACUUUCCAAAUUGUAUGAUUCAAGAUUGUUUUUUUCUGCCAACAGGCUAGAUAUGGUGUUUGUUAUCAUUUUAAUGAAGGGUAAAUUCCUCCUAUGGUACCUGAUGUUUGGUUA